GUUUACCAUUACUAUUACAGUCACCGAUUAGUUGGUAAUGCCAGUGGAAUUGAUUAUUCUUGAAACAGAAGUGGAUUAAUAUUUUACAAAAGGAGCACUAAGUGUCUUAAAGAAAUGUAAAAGCUUUUCCGUCUCAGUGGCUCGCCUAGGUGUAUUAUUACUUACAGCAUCAGAAGAUGGGUUCUUCAAUGCAAGACUGCAGCCAAGCAGACAUAGUGUUCCUCAUAGAGGCCACUGCAAUGAAUGGGGCAUAUAUAAAUGAUUUAAAAUCAAAUUAUGUCGUUCCAACUUUAGAGUAUUUCAGUCAAGGUCCCAUAGAAGACAAAGAGUACUUUGAGAGCACAAAUGCCCUUUACGGAUUGGUGACCUACAGAUCAUCAGAUUGUCUAUUACAGCCAAGUAGUAAAUGCUAUGGACCGUAUACCAAUCCUCACCGUUUCCUCCAUAUGUUUGAAAAUGUUUCUCAAAAAAUGUCAGGUGGUCGGGGAGAAUCACAUGCUCAUAUUGCUGAAGGAUUCGCAACUGCGCUUCAAUAUUUUGAGGAUUUAGUACAAAAAAGGGAAACUGGCGCGACUCCUCAAAAACACUGUAUUCUCAUCUGCAAUUCUCCACCUUAUUCGAUGCCUGUCAUGGAAUCUCACACUUAUUCUGGACACACUGCUGAAAACCUAGCCUCAGAAUUAGUCCAAAGAGGAAUACAUCUAUCUGUUGUCUCUCCACGCAAAAUACCUGCCCUCUUUAAAUUGUAUGAAAAAGCUGGUGGCGAUUUGCAAACAUCACAAACAAAGAAUUAUGCCAAGGAUCCUCGUCAUUUAGUUCUUCUCAAAGGUUUUAGUUUGAAGGAGCGACCUGUAAGUCCUUGCGGAGGAGCAGGAGUCAGCACUUUGGGAACUCCACAUGCUGCAUUACCAUUACAGUCCAUGCCAAGUCCAUCGACAGCUAACAUUGGGUCUCCAAUGACGCCAAGCUCCACACAGCAAAAUGUAGUCCCCCCACAAACCGCUGUUGUGCCUCCGUUCAGAGCUAGUCAACAGAAUCCUCAGGCGAUAUCAAUGAAUCAGUCUCCGCUCCCCAACCAAGCGCAGAUACCACAGUCUCAACCCCAGCAGCAGGUGCCACAACAGGCUCCUCAAAUGGUACCUGGAAUGGGUGGCCCACGGCCAGUGGGUAUGAUGCAGAACUUCAAUCCUCCCUACAUUCAACAAGGGGCUCGUCCAAUGGGCCGAUGGCCACCCAUGAUGGGCCCAGGGCCUCAACAGCGACCUCCAAUGGUUUUCAACCCUCAGCAGUCUUCUCAGCAACAGCAGCAGCAACAAGGUUCGGCGCUUAUUGCACAGCUCACACAACCACCCUCUUCUAUGGCACCUCAGUUCCCGAGGAUGGAUAAUUCAUCCAUGAUGAGUGGGAACAUGAACCAAGGUGUGAACCAGCAACCAACCUUAAGAAUGAUGGUGCCGCAGCAAGCUGGGCCUGGCCCAGUACCUGGCAUUGGCCCCGGUCCAGGUCCUCUUGUGGGUCCUGGCCCUCCAACUGGCAUUGUCCAGCCACAGAUUCAGCAAGGAAUGCCUCCUAAUCCUCAGCAGAGUGGACGAGAAAGACAUACAAUUUGGCAUGGAGUAGUUGAGUGGAUAGAAAAACCGAAGAUAGAACCUCAGAAAAUAACUCGCAAUGUGCCAUGUACUGUAUCAGCUAAUAGCAAAGACGGUGAACCUGAAUUGAAAGCGGACUCGUGGCCGCAGAAACUUGUUAUGCAGCUUAUGCCAAAACAGUUGAUCGGAAAUAUCGGUGGAUCUUGUUUGAAGAACUCUAAAUCUGUAUUAUUCCACCCUCAACCAUGCGAGGCUUUAGACUCCUUGACUAAAGUUAUGAGCGGUGGAUAUGCUGGUUGUGUUCAUUUCACAAGUGUUCCCUCUCCCGCUGCUUGCGACAUCAAAGUUCUCAUUUUACUAUACACAACAGAGAAGAGAGCAUAUCUUGGUUUCAUCCCCAAUGAUCAAGCUGCUUUUGUGGACAGACUGAGGAAGGUUAUUCAACAGCAGAAGACAGGUCAAGCCAUAAUGAGGGCUCAGGGUGGGCAACCAGGGCCUGGUCCUUCACCAGGAAGCUUGGAACCUAUGCCAGGUCAACAACCAGGAAUGAUGGGUCCGGGAAUGAUGAGACCUGGUCUCCCGGGACCAAUGCAGCCUGGAAUGAUGGGCCCUCAGCAACCCCCCAACAUGGGAGAUCCAAUUGUAAGCCAAGCAGGAGGUAUGAUGAAUCCUAUCGGUGGUAACCAACAGUCUAAUUCGAAUUCUGUGAUGUCUGCUGCACCGCCUCUAUCCACAACUGCAACUAGCCAACAGCCUCCAACUAACACCAUCUCCAUGCAAGGAACUGGACCCCGUGGACCAGGCAUGAUGGGACAAAGACCUCCUUUUGGCAACCAAAUGGAGGCAGCCAGGCAACAAAAUUUGGCCAAGAUUGAGCAGCUGAGACAAACACUAGAAGCUGCCCAGAGACAAGAGUUGCAAUAUGUAGAGAUUAUGAGUCACAUGCCUCCUGUAAAACAAAUUGAACAAAAUUUGGAGCACGCUCAGUUGCAAGAAAUGCAGUAUAAAAGUCAACUUGAGGAGCAGCACAAACAGCAAUUGCGGGUCCAACUUCAGCAGCAGAUGCAACAGCAACAGGUCGGUAUGGGUCCGCGCCCGCCACAGCAGCAAGGAGGCGGCCCUCAGCCUCCUCAACAGCAGCCUGGACCUGGUGGAGUACCACAGCAACCUGGACCAGUGAACCAGCAACGAAUGAUGCGUCCUCUACUAUCAAACAACAGUCCUGGCUUACGACAUCUAUUGCAGCAACAGCAGCAACCUCAGUAUCGCCAGCAAGUUAUGGGGAUGCAACCACCCAUACAGCAAGGUAUGGCACAGCAAAGACCACAGCAAAUGCUACAGAACCCAGGACCUGGAGGACAGCAGCAACCUGGCGGUCAGCAAUUUGAUGAAGUCCCUAAUUUUGAUUUUCUUUCCUAAUUUUAUUGAAACAUCCUGUAUCUCUAACUCCCACCUGUUUACAUCAGCAACAUAUUUUUCUGUGAAGAGUUUUGGGCUUCACCCAGUCUGGAAACGUUGGGAUAGUGAUGUUCUUCUCUGUUAACAUUAUUCUUUCAGCCAUUGUUUAAUCUCCAUGUGAAAGAUAAGUGACGAGGUCUUUUGGCUAUACAGAUGAAAUGAAAGUGAACUAGAAAAAUAGAGGAAUCAUGAUUUUAUGUACAAAUGACAAUUUUGAAGUUGAAUAACUUCGUCAAUCGUGGAGACUGUAAAAACAGAACAUAGAAUCCCCCAGGUAGACAAGAGCUCAUUUUCCCUCCCUUUUAAAAUGAUGAAAGUAUGUAUUAGUAAUGGGGGAUUAAUUAGAGAUCUUAGUGUGUAGAUGCACUCGAUAAACAAACUUGGUAAUGAUUGCUGAAUUUUGAUUUUGAUCCAACUCACACCUGUAGUUAAGAAACUUGAAGCCCUGCUAACAUUUGGAAAAUUUUGUUGUUUUUUUGCAAGACUUAAGUUUACAACAAAGCUAUAGUUUUAAAUCCACUUAUGGAUGCCUGCACCGCAUUUGCAUUAGGACUUUUCUGUUACUGGAUAUCUCUUUCUGUGCUCCAUGUGUUUUUGGUAAAUAGUAAUGGUGGAAUAGAUUUUCCAUGAAACUUUUAAAAGGGAAAGAAGAAUUAUUUGGCUUUGAAUGAGAAAAAGAAACAAUUAUUUUGACCCAGAAGUCCCUGAGAUCAGUAUAAUUCUUUUUUACUGAGGUUUCUGAUCCAGGAUUUUUAUUUACAUCUGUAAGAGUUUUAAUACAUUUUUCAAAGUUAUUUAUAAUUUAUACAUUUUUUAAUUUUCUCUAGCCCACAGGGGCUGGAUAUGGAACAUGAAUUAUCAUGGAGAAUUAGUUUAUUAUUUUAGUUUAAAAAAGCAUGUAUCUUGGAUGGAUGAAAAAUUCUACUUUUAAAAUUGCUAGGUGUGAUAUAUUGUUAGAAAAUGAAAAGGCCCCUUUCUUAGACAGUGGUAGGCUGUAAAAUCUUAUUAUUGUGGGCGACUUUGGUUUCAGAAGAACUCAAAAACAGUUAAAAUGGCUAGACAUUACUCAUAGCUCCAUCCAGCUACAAAUUUCUGAAAGAAAAUUGCUGCUGAUAAUCAAUUCUUAACAGUAUAUUUUCGCCAGAGAAACAAUGCCUGUGUGCAAUUAGAAAAAUUUUACGGUAAAGUGGCAGAAUGUCUUCUCUGGCAUUCUCAAUGAUGAGGAAAUGUCACUUUACACUUGGCCUAGGAUCUCAUGAGGGCUGAAAAGAUAUUCUUUUGUUAUUUUUCCUUAUUGGCUAUUCUGAAUUCUUAUUCUGAAAACUGUAAUGUUUGGUGAAAAUUAAUAAACACAAUAUAGUGGAACCCUGCGCUAUCUGAACCUGUCAACUUUUUGAAAUGCUGAAAAAUCGUAUAUUCUUUGAGUUAUCAGAGACAAAUUUUCUGCGCAACAUGCAGAAUCAGAUCACUCUAUCUACCCCCCAUACAGAAAAUGAGUGAGGAUUUUUCUUUGAAAUUUUUCCCAAAAGAUUAGUUUUGAUAGUUAAAAAGAACUAUAAAUGAAUUUCAUCUUGAACAUGUCCAGUAUUUUUGUAAGAAACAAAAAUAUUCAAUCGAAAGUAUGUAUAACUAAUUUACGUAUUCUUUCACUUGUUUCUUGACUAUUUCCAUGUACUGGCAAUUUUAGAGCACACAUUGUUCACCUUUAUAAUGUUGAAUGUUGGAGGUAUUUUUUUUUUUCAUUCGUUUUCAACUAUUGUGUCAGCUAUCUUGCAAUUUCUUCUCUUACGAGCAGCAUGUCAUUUUUCUUCUAAUGAAAAGUCCUUCAAUCUAACUGAAGUUUGUAAAUAAAAAUUUUAAAUUUCAGUAAAUUUCAGCAAUUUAUCAUUAACUUAUUUUAUCAUUUUACUUUUACCUAUAUUGAAUUAAACAUGUUCUAAAGUCUCUUCUAUUGUAUUAAUACUGUCUGUUUCCUUUCUGUAGAUCAAUUUUUGUUUUCUUUAUCUGUGAUAAAUAUAUUUUGUACUUAUUCUAA